GGGGCACCAGUGGGGGGAGGUGGGCUGCAGGUCUGGAGUGAGUGACUGUGGUGAAGCUCGGGAGGAGCAUGUGGGGCAGAGCUGGGACAGCAAGGAGCUGCAGGUUGGGCAUAAGAGGCACCAUUCCUGUCCCUCACCCCACUGACUCUCUCCUCCCAGGCUAUGGCCAUACGGUGCCCCUGUCGGAUGGGGGGAAGGUAUUCUGCAUCCUCUCUCCCCUGCUGGGGCUCCCAGCCUCCCUGCUCCUGGCCACCUGUCUCCUGCAGCCACUGAUGGAGCUGUUAAGCCACCGGCCUGUGCGGUAUCUCCACACCCACUGGGGCAUCUCACCAGGCCAUGCUGCACUGGGCCACGCAACUGCCAUGGGACUGUGUGUGCUGGGGCUUUUUAUCCUGCUCCCAGCCCUCUGCUUCUGGGCCCUGGAGAACGGCUGGACCUUCCUGGAGUCCGUUUACUUCUGCUUCAUCUCACUUAGCACCAUUGGGCUUGGGGACUACGUGCCAGGUCACAGCAGCCACCCCUCGCUGCGCCAUCUCUACAAAAUCAGCAUCACCUGUUACCUUCUCGUGGGGCUCUUGGCCAUGUUGCUGGCCCUGGAGACCAUCUAUGAGCUGCGUGAGACCCACAACCUUAUCCGAUUCUUUGCUCCUCCCCGGGUCCCUGCCUGCCCCUCCAGUGAGGAUGAUGACCGGCUUGAGAUCCUGAGCUGUGACCAGCUGGGCCUGGCUACUGUUUGUGGUGCCCCCCCCUCUGGGAGCCAACCAGACAAGGAGGCUGAUGAGACAGUAACAUCCCCUGACAGCCCAACUGGGUAACCCCCUUGGACAAUGUGUUGUCUCCCUCCCAUGCAUCAAUAAAUGAAGCUGUACAGAAUAGUCACUGACAGUGGACAUGGGGGUGCCAGGUUGGUAACUUUACCAUUGGUCUGUUCUGGGGGGCAGAUAUGGGCUGGAAAGGCUCAUUAGGGGGGAAUAUUGGGGUGGCUCGCCCUGUGGUUUGGAUCUGGGGCAGCAGAGAGAGGAGACACUGGGGUGGAAGGGCCCAGAGGUGUGACGCCAGAGUUGCAAAGGGAGAGGGAGAUACUGACUGAAUGGGGAUGGGAAUACACUAGGGAUGUUAAAUAUCGGUUAAUUGAAUUGUCUAUUAACCUCAUGAA